UCUUUACGAACGUAUUUUUAUGACGCACACAUCAAGCAACUCCUCCGUGAGUGGAAAACGCGACAUGACAUUUCUCUCAGUAAAGAAACAGUUUAAUGCCACUGUGGCUAAAGUGUGUCCGUCGUUGUCAUACAUUUUAACAACGGCGUAUUGAGAGGUGGUUGUUUGAAGCUAUCUUUAUGACACUACAAUAGAGGCGGGGUUAAGCAUCCGUUUAUUCAUUCUAUUUCUAUUGCAAUUAUUUUUCAAAUGGAGUCGCUCACUCUUAAGGCUGAGGUGCGUCUAACGGUGGCCCAGUGUUAUCGCACACUUACUCGUGGCUCGGAUGGCGCAGACGUUGUCGCCGCUCUUCGGACGCUCCGCUCUUACUUGGAUGACGGCGCACAGAGCGCAACCACUGCGGUUCAGCGGGCAGAGUUCAGGAGGAACCACUACACGCGCACCAUUCAGCUGCUGGUCCACAACAUCCAGGCCGACUGGCUGCACAGCUUCACGGCUGCCCAGCGCGCAGAACUAUGGGACGGCCUGUUCCUCCAGGGACCUCCAGAUCAGGCGCUCCUGGUGCUGAUGGAGGCGAUAGGAAAUCUUAGAGCCAGCACAAACUUGGACCACUUGGUCCUCAUCACUGAGACAUUUCUUCAGAGUGGGCGACUCGGUGACCUGCUGUGGUUGUACUGUCAGGCUGCUCCUUCGGAUUCCCCACAGCUCCGAGAGACUCUGCUGGGCAGAAUAGUGGCGCUGCCGGACCUCACUGCCAACAAGUUGCACCCCAACAACAAGCCCAUUUUCCUUCCGCAGCAGUAUUACCCUCUACUGGCAUCUGAGAUGCUCUCUGCCUUGGACAGGACCUGCCAGGCCCUCAGAGAGGGUACAGACUGUUCUUUAACUUUUGUGGCUGAGACUCUUGGAAAAGCAUGUAUGCAGGGACACAGUGAUGUGCUCCUGGCAGCGAUGGCUCCUCGGCUUUCUGUCUGCACACGCUCGGACAUGGUGUGGCAGAGAGUUUGCUGGAAACUGCUGGAGAACGUUCCGCAGCGAUGGAUGGAGGCUGUGCUCACUGGGCUGGUACAGGCUGUUAGUGGGCCUGAUGCUUUGGGGCGCAUCAUUGGGAAUCUAGUGUUAAAAAAUAAAAAGGCUCAGUUUGUUAUCACCCACAAACUCUUACUACUGCAGUACAAGUAUGAGACUAAAGUCUUGAGAACUGUUCUGGGAUACCUUGCAGCAGACAAAGAGCGAAGGCCAAUGCUCAUACAGGUGUUACGGUCUGUGUCCCAGGCCUGGGCCAACCCCAGUGCUGUCAAACACACUCCUCUAGAGCAGCAGUUUUAUGUUAGUAAAGCCUUACUGCUGAGCGUGAGCCUGCUGAAAGACUCUGAGCUACAGGAGCUACGUUCAGAGUUGCUUCAGUGCAUGUUAGGUGGUAUGCAGAGUCACCUGGACAGCAGUGUGGUGCGUAUACGGCAUAUGGGCAUGGUGGUGGGAGAGUGCCUGAGUUCUCGCAUGGAUAUCAAUGAAACCAAGCUUACAUUUGAGUAUGAUAAAGAUGAGGAGACCCAAGAGCUGCUUUCUCUCAUGACUCCUGUCACUGGUGAUGAGUCAGAGCCUGAGACUGUGCCUGGAGCUGACUCUGUGUGUGAAGUGACUCCGCCUACAGUAUCAUCACAAAACAAGUCAGUUGAUCAGCCCUUAACAACAAAUCCAGACUCUGACCUAGAUAGUGAUGAUGAGCUCACUCCGUACGACAUGUCUGACGAUAAAGAGAUCUGUCAAGCAUCCCCACCCCGCUACCUUCGAGACUGUCUGGAAACUUUGAUGACCUCGGAGGAUGCAGCGCGCGUGGAGCUCAGUUUGAGAGUUGCUGAAAGUUUGGUGAGGACGAACAUCUUCGCAGCCAGAGAAAUCAGUGUCAAGAUGACCAAAGUGCUUCUACACAUGGAGGAUAAAUACAGCAUCAAUGGCUUCAGACUCCUCCGACAGGCGACCAUGGUGGCUCUCGCUGUCACUGACUGUAUUCCUGUGACACAGUAUUUAACCACCGAGUUCUACUCCCUGAACUACAGUCUGUGCCAGCGGCUCGAUAUCUUGGAGGUCCUUGCUUCAGCAGCUCAGGAACUCUCUAAGCCAAUCGCGAAAAAGAGCGAUCCAUUGUGUUGCCCUGCGGCCUGCACUGAUGUGACUCCAUAUCCUGGUGACAACCCUGUGCACUGGCGACAAGUAGUAGAAAAGCGAAUCCAAAGCAAGACGAAACGCCUCAGUAAGGGUGUGACGCAACCUCCAGUUAAGGCCACACCAAACCGUUACGCUCCUGUUGCUGGACACUUCUUUUUCCCACUGCUCAGGAAUUAUGACAAACCUCAGGCGACGUUUGAUCUGCUGGGCAGCGACCACCUGGUUCUCGGCAGGUUGAUCCACACCUUUGGCCUUUUCAUGCAUCUGGCAGUCAAUGCUCCGAUAGCUGCACAGAUGGGCUGUGCUUUGCUGGACUUUGUGUGGGCAGUGCGCUACCAUGCAGACCAGAUGGUGAGACGAAGCGUCCUAUUCGCUGUCUGCUCCGUUUUUUUGAGCAUGCCCAGUCAAAACCUGCUGGUGGACCUGGAUGACCAGCUGUUUGAGACCAGAACUUGGCUGGCAGAUGUGGCUGAAGGAGACCCUGAUGCAGAUUGCCGGAGUCUGGCGGUACAGAGUCUGGUGCUGUUGGAUAAGAGCUUGAAGAAACAGCUGCAGGAUCCGCCUAGUCUGGGGUCAAGAUCAUAGUCACUAUGAACACUGAACCAAACUAUGUGUUUGUGAUCUAGGGUGGACUUGACUUUCAUGUAUACACUGGUCCUCACAGAGGUCAGAGGAAAUGAUGCUCUGGAUAUCUGCUGGCAGAUGGGCUGGACUGGCAGCCAUGGAUAACUGAGUACACUGAACGAUGUCCUGUAAAGACAUGAACACAAACAUGAGGGAUACCGUAUUUUCAUAUUUGAACCAUAUGAUACAAUUAUUAAUUUCUGGACAAACAUUUUAGCCUACAGUAAAAUGUCUGGUAUGAGGAUAUCCUUUCAAAUCUAUUUCCUGUACUGGCAAUCUGUUUUUUUGCAAAGGACAUCCUGGACUCGGAUUGAUGCACACUCCACAUACCAAAUAAUAGAACUCAACCUAUACUGAUUUGUUUUUUGAAAAGAUUAAUUAAAUCACUUAAAACAGU